AAUAAUAAUAAUAUGCGCCUCCUUCUGUUCUACAAUUCAUUCUUCAUCAACUUCUCCCCAGAUCUCUGCGAUGUCCCAAAAAGCAAAACUUUACGAGCCACAUAAGCUUUCAGCCACUGCAUGUCCUUACCUGAAUCGGUCUAGUGCGUAUCACCAAACAUGUCUGGGCUUGGACGUAAGGCCUGGUCUACAAAGUAUCAAGAGUCUAUGAUGGCAGUGGGUCUGGGCACAAGACAAGCAGCAGAUGAAGAGGCGCGAGCGGAAGUGGAGGUCCUGAAUAGCCGACUGGAGAAGACUCGCAUUCUAAACACAAAGUUAUCGGCAUGCUUGGGGCGAUUGGAAACGAGUGGGAAGAGUGUCAAGGAAGCUGUCGGGCCUCUCUAUGGCAACACCCAGAAACUCCAAGUAUUGGGAACCAACAUCGAUGGAGUUAUUUCAGCUAUUGAAAGGAUCCGGCAGCCAUCGGACAUCAAGAGCAAUGAGGAGGAUAUUAUACGUAGGGGUCCUGAAAAGGUUGGCCUGGCAUCCUAUUUAAGCUCCGUGAAGCGUCUGAGCCAAGCUCUUUCCGGUCUGAAGAAUACGAACCUCCGAUCGAAUCAACAAGCAGUGGCAGAUCUCUCGAGGUUGUUGAAGUCAGGGAAUACACAAUUGGAGGCACAUUUUCAGAAAUUAUUGCAGGAAGAGUCGAGACCCCUCGAGCCUCUCCACUAUAUUACAAAAGACAAGCCUUUCCCAACGCUGUCACAAGAUAAGAUGACUCGACUUGGCCUGAUCGUUUCAUACAUGGCAUCAGUUACGAGACAGUCUGGAUCUGGCGAUUCUCCUUUGCUGCAGCAGUAUGCCAGCGUACGUGGACCAUACCUGACAGCUACCUUACAAAACCUCUCUGCUGCAUCUAUCAAUACGGCGAAGAAGAAGAGUCCGGACGCUGUCUACCGGCAAGGAACAAAUGGCAUGGGCACGUAUGCUUCAGGCAUGGAGAGGGCUUUCUUGUCGGAGUACGAGAACGUCUCGGCGCUGUUCGCUCGAGAUGAGUGGGGGAAAGUGUUUAACUUGACCUGUCAAGGUGCCAUAUCAGAGCUGGCACGAACCCUUCGCGAACUGAACUCACACAUCAAGGCGAACCUGACGACUGAUUGCUACCUCGCGUACGAAAUCGUCGAAAUCAUGUCGAACCUCUCGUCAAACAUGGAAAGCAGAACGGGCGAAUUGAAGCCUUCAUUUGCAGCAGCCUUAAAGCCCAUUCGGGAAACUGGAAAGAGCUCCCUAUCUGACCUGUUGGAGGAUACUCGUCGUCGCGUAGCUAACUUACCAGUCGUACCACUCGAUGGUGCCUCUCUACCAAUCACCACUGAGACCAUGACUCGCCUACAUAAUAUGGUCGAUUUUCUCCGCCCUAUAUCCAGCAUCAUGAUAUCGAUUGGUGAUGGGGGUUGGAAGUCAAAUGCCGCAUCGAACAAUUCCUCGGACCAGAUACCAAGCUUGAAGUCAUUUGAUGUGAGUGCCGAUGGUACGGAUAUAUUCUGUCAUUACUGUAUCGACACAAUCGAGACCCUGCUUAAUGCACUUAACCAAAAGGCCACACCGGUCUUGAAGGGCAAAUCAGCACUUGGUGUCUUUAUCGCCAACAAUGCUACAGUGGUCGAGCGCAUGAUCAGGACCUCGGAACUCCAACCUCUCCUGUCAAAUCGAAUUGCAGACGUGGAUAAGUGGCGCAAGAAUGGUGCCUCGAUGUAUUCAUCGGCAUGGCGAGAACCAUGCGGUCAUCUCCUCGACGUCCAAUAUACGAAUCGUGGCGCACGACCUCAAUCCGGAUCUGCUCAAGCUAUCGACUCUGCUGCCAUCCUAAAAAGUCUCAGCAGUAAGGACAAAGACGCCAUUAAGGAGAAAUUCCGUCUAUUCAACACGAGCUUCGAUGAGUUGGUGGCUAAGCAUAAGAGCUUGAGUAUGGAGAAGGAAGUUCGAGAUAUGUUGGCCAAGCAGGUGCAGCAGAUGAUUGAGCCGUUGUAUAACAGGUUCUGGGAUCGGUAUCAUGAGGUUGACAAGGGGAAGGGGAAGUAUGUGAAGUAUGAUAAGGGCGCGAUGGCGGGUGUAUUCUUAAGCUUGUCUUAGAGAGAGCGUUUUUGAGAUACCUUGUUCUCGAGCAUGCAAAGCGGGGAAAUUCAGAUGCAGGUCGUAUUCAUAUGCGGGGAAGGAAGAGUUCAGGUGUUUGUUGGGUUGAGAUGCAUAUUACUGUACUUUACUCUAUCUGCUGGGAAGGGUCACGAUACCAGGGGCGUACGAAGGUUAUUUAUUGGGUUUGUUCAAAUUUUGAUUUUUCCAAUAAUUCAGAAUACAUGCAACCCAAAAGGUCAUCC